CAAGUCCAUUAAAUCCUAGCCCCCAUCUUUUUGCGACCUCUUCGGUAUUCUCUCUAACGUUUCGUUUCCUCUCCCUCUGUCUCUCUCUCUUUCUCUCCCCCCUCAACCUCUUCGUCAUAAGGUCCCCAGCACUUAGCUAAGCAGCUUCCCCAAAAUUCGUUGGAUAGACUACUCAAUAUAUAGCCCUCAACCUUGCGUUUUACACUUCUUGUGAGGCCCUUACUUCCCGGGGCUGAUUCAUCAAUGAUAUCCCCGAAAAAGGUACUAGUCUGAGAAAUAAACCCAGGAGGGAGCGAGAGGGUCAUAGUUAACAUAUGCAUACUUUCAUCUAGUGCCCAGUGGAAGGAAGCGCGCUUGCUCAAGGGAUGUUCGGUCUAAGCAAUAUGCAGAUUCUUCAGGAGGUUCGAGCACCAUGGGCUCUGCAGCUAAACUCGUUCUGCUUGAGGGAGAAAAUCAGCAUCGGCAUACAGCUUUGUUUCCUUGGGAUUCUCCUACUUCGCUUUGCACCAAAGCUCCUGAGCUUUCUGCGCAAAUGGAGAUCAAAAACAUCAGACCAAGAAGAGUCGGAAGAAUACAAGUACCACUCACUAAUAAAAUUCGGCAUGUCAUACAAGUCCGGUGUUAUUUGCUCUACCUUGGUGUUGGGAACUCACUUACUCAUGCUGUUGAUGUUGCUAAACGGAAACAAUACCCAGUGCCACUCUGCUCUUCAAGCUUUCUCUUCCGAGGUAAUGCAGGUAGUUUCAUGUGUCAUAGCACUCUUUGCCUUGUACAAGGUACCAAAGAAGAAGCAAAUGAAGUUCCCAGGGAUGUUAAGGGCCUGGUGGGUAUGCAGCUUCUUACUAGCUGCUGUUUCCAUGGCUCUCGAUACCUACUACAAAAUUAUGGCCCAUGAAAGCUUUAAGAUGAGGGAUUUGGCUAAUUUCCUUGGCCUCCUGGAAUCAACCUUGCUGUUUAGCAUCUCAAUUUAUGGGAAAGCUGGCAUGCCCUCAUUGGAAUUAAAUGGCGUCACUGAACCACUUCUUGGAGAAAAAGUCGACAGGUAUUCCAAGAGGGAAUCAUAUUAUGGAAAAGCCACGCUCAUCCAGCUCGUUACCUUUUCCUGGCUCAACCCACUGUUCGCUGUAGGGAUCAAGAAACCCAUUGAGCAGGAUGAAAUACCAAAUGUGGAUACCAAGGACUCGGCAACAUUUAAUUCUCAGUCAUUCAUCGAUUGCAUUAAGUGUGUCAAGGAAAGAGACAGGACCAGAAACCCAUCUAUCUACAAAGCAAUCUUUCUGUUCAUCAGGAAGAAAGCAACAAUCAACGCAUCAUUUGCAAUUGUAAGUGCUGUAGCAUCGUACGCAGGCCCAUACCUGAUCGAUGAUUUUGUCAACUUCUUGACGGACAAGAGUAACCGAAGCCUCAAGGAUGGCUAUCUCCUGGCACUGGGGUUUCUAGGAGCCAAAAUGGUUGAGACGAUAGCACAGAGGCAAUGGAUAUUUGGGGCUCGCCAACUCGGGCUUCGUGUCAGAGCUUCCCUCAUAUCAAGUAUAUACAAGAAGGGGCUGGUUCUGUCGAGCCAAUCAAGACAGAGCCACACGAGCGGAGAGAUCAUCAACUACAUGAGCGUAGAUAUACAGAGGAUCACAGACCUCAUCUGGUACCUAAACAUAAUAUGGAUGUUGCCCAUACAAAUUUCCUUAGCCAUCUACAUUCUGCAUACAAACUUGGGCGUAGGGUCAUUCGCUGCUUUAGCUGCAACAUUAGCUGUGAUGGCCUGCAACAUACCCAUUACGAGAAUCCAGAAAAGAUACCAGACCAAAAUAAUGGAAGCGAAAGACAGCAGGAUGAAGUCCACCUCUGAAAUUCUUCGAAACAUGAAGACGAUAAAGCUCCAAGCAUGGGACAAUCAGUUUCUUCACAGGCUGGCGAGCUUGCGGAAGAUAGAGUCUGAUUGGAUAUGGAAGUCCAUGAAGCUCUCUUCUCUUACAGCUUUCAUCUUCUGGGGCUCGCCUACUUUUAUCUCCAUUGUGACUUUCAUAGCAUGCAUGAUGUUGGGGGUUCAACUCACAGCUGGGAGAGUCUUAGCUGCAUUAGCUACCUUCCGUAUGUUACAAGACCCAAUAUUUAGUCUGCCGGAUCUGCUCAAUGUCAUUGCACAAGGCAAGGUUUCAGCAGACAGGAUAGCUUCCUACCUUCAAGAAGACGAAAUUCAGCAGGAUGCAAUCGAGUAUGUCCCAAAAACACAAGCCUCAUUUGAUGUUGAAAUCAGCGACGGGAAAUUCAGCUGGGAUUCAGAGUCCUCUCGCCCCACUCUCGAUAAUAUACAGUUAGUGGUCAAAAAGGGAACGAAGGUGGCGAUAUGUGGGACCGUUGGAUCAGGGAAAUCGAGUCUGCUCUCGGGCAUUCUUGGAGAAAUACGGAAACUAUCAGGUGAUGUGAAGAUCAGUGGCACAAAAGCUUAUGUUCCUCAGUCACCCUGGAUACUUUCCGGGAAUAUCAGGGAUAACAUACUAUUCGGGAACCAGUAUGAUUCCGACAAGUAUGAUAGGACGGUCAAAGCUUGCGCCUUGAUUAAGGAUUUCGAGCUGUUCUCAGCUGGUGAUUUAACGGAGAUUGGAGAAAGAGGGAUAAACAUGAGUGGAGGACAGAAGCAGAGGAUACAGAUAGCUCGCGCGGUUUACCAGGACGCAGAUAUUUAUCUGCUCGAUGAUCCUUUCAGUGCAGUUGAUGCCCACACAGGAACUCAACUCUUCAAGGACUGUCUGAUGGGAAUGCUCAAAGACAAGACUGUUAUAUUCGUCACUCACCAAGUAGAAUUUCUUCCUGCAGCAGACCUUAUUCUGGUAAUGCGUGAUGGAAGGAUUGCACAAGCUGGAACUUUUGAAGAGCUCAUGAAACAAAACACUGGAUUUGAAGUGCUAGUGGGUGCUCAUAACCAUGCCUUGGAGUCGAUUCUCACCAUUGAAAACUCAAACAGACCAUCUGAUGAGCUGCAACCUGAUGGUGAGUCCAAUGAAGAACUCACUUCAAAUGCCGAACUGGCGUACACGAGACAAGACUCAGAGCAUAGUCUCUUUGAAGAUAACUCUGAGCAAAAGGGAAAGCUGGUGCAAGAUGAGGAGAGAGAGAAGGGAGGAAUUGGGAAAGAAAUAUACUGGUCUUAUAUCACCAUGGUUAAACGUGGCGCAUUUGUUCCAUUCAUAAUCCUCGCCCAAUCAUCGUUCCAGAUGUUACAGAUUGCAAGUAACUACUGGAUGGCAUGGACUUCUCCUCCCACUAGUGAAGCAGAACCGAGACUAGGCAUGAAAUUCGUGUUGUCUGUUUACGUACUUCUCUCUGUUGGAAGUUCAUUAUGUGUGCUGCUUCGAGCAAUACUAAAUGCGAUAGCCGGACUCUGGACAUCUCAGAUGCUCUUCACUAAUAUGCUUCAGAGUGUGAUGCGUGCCCCAAUGUCAUUUUUCGAUUCAACCCCCACAGGGAGGAUCUUAAACAGGGCAUCUACAGAUCAAAGUGUGCUAGACCUGGAAAUACCUGGCAAAUUAGGAUGGUGCGCAUUCUCCAUAAUACAGCUUCUGGGGACCAUUGCAGUAAUGUCACAAGUAGCAUGGGAAGUGUUUGUGAUCUUCAUUCCAGUCACAGCAAUAUGCAUAUGGUACCAGAGAUACUACAUACCAACAGCAAGAGAGCUGGCACGUCUAUCAGGGAUUCAGAGAGCUCCUAUUCUCCAUCACUUCGCAGAAUCACUGGCAGGAGCUGCAACAAUCCGUGCUUUUGGUCAAGGAGAACGUUUUAGCAAUGGGAACCUUGGACUUAUCGACAACCAUUCAAGACCAUGGUUUCAUAAUGCAUCAGCAAUGGAAUGGCUAUCCUUCCGACUCAAUCUUCUGUCAAAUUUUGUGUUUGCCUUCUCAUUGGUUGUACUUGUAACCCUUCCUGAAGGAAUCAUCAAUCCAAGUCUUGCAGGGCUGGCAGUCACAUAUGGCAUAAACUUGAACGUUCUGCAAGCUUCAGUUAUAUGGAACAUGUGCAAUGCAGAGAACAAAAUGAUCUCGGUAGAGAGAAUACUCCAGUACUCAAAGCUAAAAAGUGAAGCGGCUCUCUUGAUAGAAGAUAGCAGGCCAACAAGCAACUGGCCAGAAUACGGAACAAUAAGCUUCAAAAAUUUGCAGAUUCGUUAUGCAGAACACCUCCCAUCUGUUCUCAAGAACAUAGACUGCACAUUCCCAGGAAAGCGAAAAAUUGGUGUUGUGGGAAGGACAGGAAGUGGCAAAUCAACUCUUAUACAAGCCCUUUUCAGAAUCAUUGAACCUAGACAAGGAAGCAUCGUAAUUGAUGGUGUGGACAUAUGUAAAAUAGGCCUCCAUGAUCUUAGGUCAAGGCUUAGCAUCAUACCGCAGGACCCCACGAUGUUUGAAGGAACUGUUAGAGGGAACCUCGACCCCCUGCAGCAAUACUCUGAUCAUGAUGUAUGGGAGUCUUUAGAUAAAUGCCAACUCGGUGACCUGGUGAGGGCAAAGGAAGAAAAGCUGGAUUCCACAGUGGUUGAGAGUGGCGAAAAUUGGAGUGUGGGACAAAGACAACUAUUCUGUCUUGGACGAGCAUUAUUGAAGAAAAGCAGCAUUCUAGUACUAGAUGAAGCGACAGCAUCGGUUGACUCCGCCACUGACGGGGUUAUCCAAAAGAUCAUCAGUCAAGAAUUCAAAGACCGAACUGUCGUGACAAUAGCCCACAGGAUACACACAGUCAUAGACAGCAAUCUUGUUCUGGUCCUCAGCGAUGGGAGAGUAGCAGAAUUCGACUCACCUUCGAAGCUACUCGAGAGGGAAGACUCGUUCUUUUCGAAGCUCAUAAAGGAGUACUCCAUGAGAUCAAAGAGCUUCAGCAGCUUAGCAAAUGAGGACAGCUAAUGGAAGAGAUCACCAAUGUUGCGGUUGCCCGACACAUUUGCUGUUCACCCUGAAGUCCGAACAUAAGGCAUAAUACCUAUCUAUCAAUGUGGGCUCAUGGAAUUUGAUACCGACUACUAGCAGAGUGAGUACAAAGCGGAAAGCAGGAAACCAUUCUUUCGCUCAAAACAAGCUCUCUUAUUUCACCUCCAUAAUAAAAUAACACCAGUAUGAAAUUAAAAUCCAAUUUUUGUAGCUUUUUGAAUAUAACGGAUCUCUUACUAUUUGGUAUUGUAUGAGAAUGCUUCAAGUAGCUCAAAUAUGAAUUGCAGCAAAUGUUGUGUCGAUUUUACGAAA